AGUGAAAAUUUGCCAUUUGAUAAGAAAUGUCCGCUCCUGUAGAGGGUGUUCCCUAUGAGGAGAUCCAGACAAAAGAGCUUAUAGGCACCGGAUUCUAUGGCAGCGUAUACAGGGCGGUCUGGAGAAAUCGUGAGAUCGCGCUGAAGAGAAUUCGCGAGGGAUGUGAGGAUAAAAAGAUUGAAAGAGAGAUCUACCAGCUGACAAAGGCCAGCCAUGUCAACAUAGUUGAGCUCUACGGCACAUCGAGGCACGAGGGAUGCGCCCUGCUGUUGAUGGAAUUCGUAGACGGUGGAUCUCUGUCCAGUUUUCUGCACGCGAAAAGCAAGCCAAGUUAUUCGCAUGCCCACGCCUUCAACUGGGCGCAUCAGAUCGCUCAGGGCAUAGCCUAUCUGCAUGGCAUGCAGCCGAAAGCAGUAAUUCAUCGCGAUAUAAAGCCACUCAAUACACUGCUAUGCGAGAAGGGACUCAAACUGAAGAUUUGCGAUUUCGGAACUGUUGUGGACCUAUCCCAAUCGAUAUCGUGCAAUGCGGGCACCUGCAGAUACAAAGCGCCCGAGGUUCUACAAGGAAAUAAACCCGAUGAAAAGUGCGAUGUGUAUAGUUGGGCUAUUACCUUUUGGGAAAUAUUGUCGCGCAAGGAGCCAUUUGAGCAAUAUAAUACGCUUUUUGAACUGUACAUGGCUAUUAAUGAAGGCGAGAGACCGGAUUUAAGUUGCAUUAUGUCUGGCUGCCCCGCGGAUAUAGUUGCUCUUUUGUACGCUUCUUGGGAUCCGGAUAUCAGCAAAAGAUUUUCUAUGGAACUGAUUUCCCAAAGCAUGGGUAGAAUCCUAAGUGAGGCGGGAUCCAUUCCACCACUGGAUUUUUACUCAUAAAACUAAUUCUCCACCCUUUACAUUCGUUAUUAAAAACGGAUAUCGUUGUGAACGUU